UGAAUAAUCCUAUUCCUUCCAAUCUGAAGUCUGAAGCAAAAAAAGCAGCAAAAAAUUUUAAGAGAAUUUACAGAAAUUAGUUCUAGAUCGGGACCUGAUAAAAUUAUUCCAGCUCAUGUUAUUGCCAAAGCACAAGGCCUUGCCAUUCUGUCUGUUAUAAAAGCUGGCUUCUUGGUGACUGCUCGAGGAGGAAGUGGAAUAGUCUUAGCACGCCUUUCAGAUGGAAAAUGGUCUGCUCCUUCUGCUAUUGGCAUAGCUGGACUUGGUGGGGGGUUUGAAAUUGGAAUAGAAGUGUCUGAUUUAGUUAUCAUUUUAAAUCACAAAAGAGCAGUGGAAGCUUUUGCCAAAGGUGGCAACCUCACUCUCGGAGGGAAUUUCACAGUGGCCAUUGGACCUUUAGGAAGAAAUUUGGAAGGAGAUGUCGCUAUUCGAAGUUCUGCAGCAGUGUACACAUAUUGUAAAAUCCAGGGGACUGUUUGCCGGAAUAUCUUUGGAAGGGUCUGGUUUGAUUGAAAGAAAGGAAACCAAUCGCAAAUUUUACUGUCAGGAGGACAUUCGGGCCUAUGAGAUAUUAUUUGGUGAGAUUCCACGCCCUUCCCAGGCUGAAGAGCUUUAUGAGAUUCUAGACACCUUCACACUAAAAUAUGAAAAUGAAGAACAGAGUGUUAACAUGAGGAAAAUUGCCAGAGACCAAAAAAAGACCAAAGAAAUAUCAGCAAAGUCAAACAGACCACAUUCUUACCAAGGUGGAAAUGGCACAGAAGCUAUGAGGCCUACGCAGAGAAGCUAUCCUGACCUCUCCUGUUAUAACAUGAAUGAACGUGAGUACAUAUAUCAUGAAUCAAGCUGGGCUUAGUGUUUCUUCAUCUCUACAGUACUACCAAGGUUAUCUGAAAUAUACAGGGGUUAGACAGAAAAAUGGAAACACUACAUGGUUUGCAAAGUGACGACAAGUUUUGCGUGAAGACUUAGAUUGAGCUCUGCAGUCACUUUUGCAGCAGUUGUUUUCUUAUUCUGAGUCA